GCGCUGCUAACGUUGGCUUCUCGUUUGGAUCGAGGUGGAUCGGUUGCCAGACUGGCAGCGUCGCUGCAUUCGCUGAUUUCGCCCGUGGAGUUGCACAUCACACAUCAUCUGCGCGCAUCCGCAUCUAAGUAUCUAUUGAAAAUCUGCAAUUGGUCUGCAAAAUGAAUGUGGAGAAGUUGAAGCGCCUGCAGGCGCAAGUCCGUAUUGGAGGCAAAGGCACGCCUCGCCGCAAGAAGAAGGUCAUGCACCAGACGGCGGCCACUGAUGACAAGAAGCUGCAAAGUUCUUUAAAGAAGCUGUCGGUCAGCACCAUACCUGGCAUUGAGGAAGUCAACAUCAUCAAGGACGACCUUACUGUCAUACAUUUUAAUAAUCCCAAGGCACAGGCCUCCCUUUCGGCCAACACGUUUGCAGUCACUGGCCAUGGAGAGACCAAGAAAGUUGUCGAAAUGUUGCCCGAAAUAUUGCCACAAUUGGGUCAGGAAACGGUGGUACAGUUGCGUAUGUAUGCCAACCAAAUGUCGCAUCAGAAGUCGAGUACUGCCGCCUCUGGCGCCCCAGACGAUGAUGACGAGGUGCCCGAACUGGUUGGAGAUUUCGAUGAAAUUGCCAAAGUCGAAGCUACGAAGCAACAAGAACAAGUAAAUGCUGGAAAAGUGGACAACAAGAAACCCGAAGCUGAUGCCAAUGCUAAGACUGAAAAGCCUAACGACACGAAUAAAACAGAAAAGACAGAAGCCAAGCAGCAAAACAAACAGGAACGUAAGAAACAGGAACCUAAGCAGCAACAACAACAAGCCAAACAAAAUGACAAAUCCAAAAAGCCUGAAGCCACAAGGACUGAAAAACCUAAAGAAAACAUCAAAAAGACCCAAGGUAAGGGCCAGGAAAAGGAUAAGAAUAAGAGUAACGAACAGCCAUUGGAGAAAAAAGAGAUUGAUAAGAAUGCAGCUCCAAAGAAAACUGAGUCUCCAGUCGAUAAGAAGCCAGUGGAGAAGCCCAGCAAAGCCAAGGGAAACAACCAGAGUGCAGUUAAGUCUGAGGAAAGUAAACCUACUCCUGAGAAAAUACAAUCAAUUCCGAGAGAUAAACCUGUCGAUAAUCAGAAAAUCGCUGAGAAAACAAAGAAGGCACAACAAAAGCCUACAACUGCCCCGGCUACUGAAUCCAAACCGGCGGAAAGCAAGCCAAUUACUGCUCCAGCCAUACCAGUCACAGCUUCGCCCCCAGUAGCAGUCUCUCCACAACCAAUAUCUGCUGCUUCUGCUCCAGCAACUACUAUUUCAUCUCCAUCUGCUGCAACUGCAGCUCAGCCUGCUUCAUCACCUGCAGUUCCGGCUUCACCAACUCCAGUUAUUGCUCCAUCUACACCGGUGGCAGCCCCAGCUGCUGCUCCAGUCGCACCGGUCGCUGCCCCUAAGGCUGAAGAACCGGCCAAAGCGAAAACACCACCAGCCGUGCAGACAUUGGCUCAGAUAGUAGCUGCUGAACCGCCCAAGGAAGCGGCCCCGCCUGUUGAAGUUAAACCGGAUCCUUUACCUGAAGCAAAGCCCAAACUUCCAGUGGAGAAGGCACCUGAACCAGCGCAGAUCAAAGUUGAACAUAAACUAGAAGUCAACACUACCCAAUCGGAAAAGAAACAAAGUGAACAGGUUCAGGCACCAGUUCAAGCCAUUGCUGCAUCUGAUAAAAAAAUAGAAACCAUAAAACCGGUUAACCAACAGCCAGCAGUAGCACAACCAGCAGCCACUCAACAAACUGCCCAGCAACCGGCACCUCAAGCAGCACCGUCUCAAAAAGCUUCCACAGAAGAGAUUGCUCCAAAACAAGGAUCUCCCCAGCCGGCAGCUCAACAACAAGGGAAGCCAUCUCCUCCGAAGCAAGUUACUCCACCGCAACAAGCUCCAAUAGCUCUAGCUUCCACCCCAGCUGCUGCAGCUCCGGCCCCAAUUGCUGCAAUUCCGGCUUCAAACGCAGCUCCAGCUUCGGUCCAAGUGGCUCCAGCUCCGACCCCAACUGUUUCAGCUCCGACCCCAACUGUUCCAGCUCCGACCCAAGCUUCUCCAGGUCCGGCUCCAAUAGCGGCUCCAGCUCCGACCCAAGUUGCUCCAGCUCCGGCCAAAUCUGCUCCAGCUCCGGCUCCAAUAGCGGCUCCAGCUCCGACCCAAGCUGUUCCGGCUGCGGCCCAACCAGCUCCAGCUCCGACCCCCACUGAUACUCCAGCUGCAUCUACUCCAACGCCUACUGCUACUCCAACUCCUGUUCCGACAAUUAGUGCCACUCCAGCUGCUCCUACUCCGACCCCUACUGCCACACCAACUGCUCCUGCUCCGACCCCAACUGCCACUCCAGCUGUUCCUACUCCGACCCCUGCCGCUACUCCUACUACUCCACCUGUUCAGCAACAACCACAGAAAUCACAAACUUCAGCCAACGCAAAGAAACAGGAACCAGGACAAAAACAAAAACAACCAAAUAAACAAGGCCAAGGGCAACAACCUCAACAGCAACAGCAACAGGGCCAGAGACAGCCUCAUCCCAACAACAAGCAGCAGCAACACCAUCAACAACAAAAGCAAGGGGGCCAGAAGCCCGCUGUAUCCCCAAAACCCUCCACUCCACCAAAAGCCGGCUCACCACAGGGUAAAAAUAACAAACCAUCGCCUCCAAAGCAACAAGCUCCGCAACAACAGCAGCAGCAGCAACAACAACAGCAGCAACAACAACAACAGCAGCAACAGAAACCGCAGCAACAACAGCAGCAGCAACAGCCCGUGGCACCAAAUGAUGCGAAGCCCAAGGCUCCCGCAAACACGCCCAACUCACAGGUGUCUCCCAGAAACAAUACUCCAAAAGCCUCGCCAUCACCUAAAGGCGGUGCAUCACCAAAAACGGCCUCCCCGAAGGCAGCUACACCACCAACUGCGGCAUCCGCCACUCCUCCAGCUCAAGGUGGACCCAACUAAAUCAGUUUUGUUUCGCAAAUAUAAAUCCUGUGCAUUUGCCGCCGCGCAUUUUUCAAAAACUAACCGAUACAAAUUUAAAUCGAUGGGCAUCGAAAGGUGUCUAUCGCAUACACAUACUGAUAACAUUAAAGUUCGAUUAAUUCGAUUUAUUAUUUAAUUUGUGACCAACAAGAAUAUAUCUUUGAAUAAAACCUUUUAACGGGGUAAAACUAA